AUGGAAUCGUGGGUACAGGAGACAUAAAAAUUGUAUUUUUCUGGCUAUCCAUUUAUUGAGUAUGGUGUAGGAGGCUAUAUCAUUCUCGUUUCUGUGCUUCUUGCUUUAAAAUGCCUCUGUAAUUGCUAAACCAAACAUCCAGCGAAUUUAAAUGUUGUGAAAUUUAAAAUUCCUUCUAGUAAUACAAAUUCUAAUUCAUCAUCUAAUUCAUAAGAACUUAUAAAUAACUAAACAAGAGUGAUAUAGCAAUUAAAUGAAAAAUUAGCAACAAUGCAAUAGGGAUUUGAUAAAUUGGCUAAGGAACAUGUUCAACUUCGUACAACUCUCUCUGAUUUAUAGUCCUAAGUUUUAGAUAUUUUAACUAAAAAGAAAAGUUCUAGCACCUCAUCAUAAUUAUAAGUUAAAUCUGUUAAAUCUUAAAUUGUUUAACCAAUUUUAAAUCUUUAGAAAUAAGAAGUAUUUGAAGGGCAAGAAGAAUAAAGAACAUAAAAGGAUUAAUAAUAAGAAGAAGAAUAAUCUUAGCAAAAGCAAGUUGAAUAAUAAAAGGAAGCAUAAUCUGAAUAAUAAUAAUAGCAAUAAUAACAGCAAUAGUCAUAGCAAUAAUAAUAAUAGUUUUAAUAAUAGCAAUAACAACAAUAGCAAUAAUAAUAAUAAUAAUAAUAAUAAUAAUAAUAAUAAUAAUAAUAAUAAUAAUAAUAAUAAUAAUAAUAAUAAUAAUAAUAAUAAUAAUAAUAAUAAUAAUAAUAAUAAUAAUAAUAAUAAUAAAAUGAAGAAAAUCUUUCUCAACGUUAGUUUCAAGAGCAAGAAAUUAAUCAAUAAAAUACAAUAAUAGCUUAGCCAUAAGAAGCCGUGAAUCAAUCCUAAACUAAUCCCUUUGCCACGGAAUAACCUCCUGUCGUAAGAAAAACUUAAAACCCACCUACUCCAAGAAGAAUACCUCCUUAAUUGAGACCAAAGUGA